GACUUGUCUAGUGGACUCUCCCGAAGAGAAGAAAUUGAGCAGGGAGUCCAAGGUCAAAGAUAAUUCAAAUACGGUCCAAGAAACCCUUCCGGAGAAGGUCCCUUCGGUAUCAGGCGAAAGUUAUUCAUCUUCUCAUUCUAUGGCAUACGAGAAGAGUCAGAAUUGGGGGGAAGAUCUACUUCGCAUCCUUACGAAAAAAUAUCGACUUACGGGAGAAAAAGGGAAAGAUGAGGCCAUAUCUAGUAACCUUAACGCCGUGAUUAAUACAUGGAAUGCACUUCCAAGGCACCUUAACUCUACUUGGGAGGUAUACAAUGCUCUCCAUCGAAUAGGAGAGGUGCGGGACAAGAUCGAGUGGCUUUCCGACGAGGCAAUUGCUAGAAAUGAUAUACAAUACGGACUCGGUAACAUCACCACAAACGAACGAAGCUAUAAUUGCGUUGUAUUACAGCAACACAUAGCUCAAAAUAUCAUGGUCUAUAUGAACCCUCGAGCAGCCGUUAGUGAAGGGGAAGCGGAGAGUGGCUGUGGCGCAAUUCUUUCAAAGAUAAUAUCAGGGAUUGGAAUCACCGAUAAGCGGACCCCGCUGCCAAAAUGGCUCUUUAUAUACGGCAUCGAAUAUACAGAGACAGGAUUCAUGGUGCGGGUCCACUUUCCAUAUUACGAUUUCCAGUCUCCGAAACCCAGCUGGAAAUUUGCAUCCGUUCUAUGCACCGAUACAUUUUCACGCGUGUUUAAAACAAUGAAUAUGGCAAAGAGAAUAUCCGCCCUAGCGUUCCUCCUUCACAUACGUAGUCACGGCCUUCUUAUAAUGAACAAACUCUUAGAGUGGGAACGUGCCCCUGAAGUCCUUGUAGUACUUCAAAAUGAGGCAUUGCUAGAAAGGGGAAUUGAAUCUUCUGAGGGAGAUGAUGACUAA